GGCCCUGGGAGCAGGAAAAAUAGUCUUGUGAUCCCGAGACAGAGAAGGGGCGGGGAAAGGGCCGAGGCUGGCUGGAUUGUUUCCUGCCGCUCCUCUCAGGCUGCGGGCUUCUGGUCCCGGUGUCCCCCUGCUACUCAGGGGACUGACCUCAUUCCUGGCCAACCUGCCGGGUCCUUAUUUCCUGUCGAGCCUCUCGCCCGCGUCAGGCCCGCCGCUGGAGACCUGCGACGGGUCCCCGGUUCACCCCGGGAUCCGGUCUCCUGAUGCGGGAGGGCUUCAGUGGGGCUUUCUGCUGCGGGCGCUAAGUGUGACCUCCGAACCCUGGUCAGAAUAAGGGUGAGGGGCAGCGUGACGCUAUUUCAUUUAACAGCUUCUGGGCGUUCCACAGGUUUUCCUCUGCCUCAUGGCUUUACUUGACCCAGAGAGUGUAUGGCAACUCUAGAAAAUGAGCUCGAGCCGGGGGCCAAGGGAGGAAGGCGAAGGGCAUUGUGGGGGUGUUAUGUGAAAGCAGGACCCCAACCGACCCAUGGGUCCUCGUGCUAGCUAGCAGGUUUCUGGAGGUGGCUGUGGCUACUGCAGAUCCACCAAGGGGCUGAUUUACUUGUCUCAUCCUCCCCUUGCCUAGCCUCAUUUUCUCAGCACUCCCAAAAUGCCCAAGCCCUCCCUCAUCACCUUCACUCCGGCCACCGACCCCUGCGACCUCUGGAAAGAUGGGCAACAGCAGUCACAUCCUGAGGAGCUGAAGCCCACCCUGGAUGGGUCUGCAGCCCGGGCUUUCUACGAGGCCUUGAUUGGGGAUGAGAAUAGUACCCCUGAACCCCAGAAGCCUCAGCCUGAGUUUGCCUGUGAGAGAAAGAGGAAGAAAAGAACGAUGAAGGAGGCUGUAGCAAGAGCAUCAGGAGGAUGUGGACAAAGAUCCCUUGAGGCUGAGGACAAGCUGACCCAGUGGAUACUGAGGGCAGCCCAGGAGGGGGACCUGGCAAAACUAAGAAGGCUGUUGGAUCCCCAUGAGGCAGGGGGAGCUGGGGGCAAUGUCAAUGCUCGGGAUGCCUUCUGGUGGACACCCCUGAUGUGUGCUGCCCGAGCAGGCCAGGGGGCAGCUGUCCGCUAUCUCCUGGGUCGUGGGGCUGCCUGGGUAGGGGUCUGUGAGCUGGGUGGCAGGAAUGCUGCUCAGCUGGCUGAAGAAGCAGGCUUCCCUGAAGUGGCCCGCAUGGUCAGAGAGAGCCAUGGAGAGACAAGGAGUCCAGAGAAUCGGUCCUGGUCCACCUCCCCACAGUAUUGUGAAACCUGUAAUGCUUACUUCCAAGACUCUAACCACCGCACAUCCACUGCUCAUCUGCUGUCACUGACCCAGGAUUUCCGACCCUCCAACCUGCCCCUUGGGGUGCCCACCUCCAGCCCAGGCUUCAAAUUACUGCUGAGGGGGGGCUGGGAACCUGGAAUGGGACUGGGACCCCGGGGUGCAGGUCGUGCCAACCCAAUCCCCACUGUACUUAAGAGGGACCAGGAAGGAUUAGGCUACAGAUCAGUGCCCCAACCCCGAGUCACACACUUCCCAGCUCGGGAUAUCCGGGCUGUGGCUGGGAGGGAGAGAGCCCCUAGGGGGACCACACUGAGUUGGAAGGAGGAGAGAAGGCAAGAGGAGAAGAACAGGGCCUGGGAGCGUGAUCUGAGAAUGUACAUGAAUCUUGACUUCUGAUUUUGAUGAGGUCUGACCCUAGUCUGUUGCUGAAGUCUGAAUUUGGGUCUCUCACCUGGGCAUUUUGGCUUCUACUUCCUGGGGUAGGCCCAGGUCCCAGACGGUCAGGUUUUGGUCACUGGGCUCUGCCUUUGAGAGAGAGGGACUGGGAAUUGAUAAAUAAAUCAUCCUUCUCUCUC